AUGGCACGUCCUAAGAAAGCCAGUGUGCCCACAAAAUCGUCCUUGUCCGAUGGAGAUGGACGGCGUAAGACUCGCAAUAGCGCAGCGCAAGAGGAGGAGGAAGACAUUCUCGAUAACAUUACUCUGGCUCCACCGGUCUCACAGCCACAGCAAAAAUCGAAACCCAUCCCGUCCCCCAAAACACCUGGCGAAUUCGACCAUGUCGUACUAAAACUUGAGGCUGAUUGUAACGACUACCUCGCUAAGGCCGAUGGAUCCGAAGAUUAUUUACGAGACAUGAAAACUCUAGAGGUUCAUCUCGACACAAUUAAACUAUUCGCAUAUACGGAGGACCGUUUCGCGAUGGCACUCAACAAGCUACACCCUCGGGGCGACAACGCUACCAACCCUCACGCCUUACAAACCCUCCGCCUAGUCGUGAAAGGCAACAUACUCCUUACGCGUUACAGCUACCACCUCAUAUCACCAUUGUCAUCUGCCUUUGUAAACGACAAACUGAAGAAGUUUGCAGACGGCAAGCUGUCCGACGAGGAGAGAGAUAAGCUACCCUACAAGCUCAACAGUACGGAGAAACUUCUCGCGAACGCGCUAUUGGGUAUUCGUGGAGUGAAGCAGGUUUCUAUCGAGAGCAAAGGAAAAGGAAUAGUUGAAGCAGACUUCGCGGCCACUAUUAAAGCUACGUUGGUCCAGCCUCAGGGGACUGAUGUCUUGCAAGUAAGCGAUGAAGAGUCUGAGUUCUCGACGCAUGCGUUGAACAGGCUGGGGUCGAUCUACUCGAAUGCGUAUUCUGGGGACGCGCUGAACCCAUACGCUUCUCUAGCUCCACCGGAAGUAGAGCUCGCGGACUAUUCGGAGGAUUCAGACGAUGAUGCGCAGGCCGCUGCUAUCGCAGAACCGCAGAGACUCGUCAGACGUAGGCCGAAGGAGGAUGUUCCCGUCAUAAUAUCAGGGCCGCGAACGCGCGGAACGAUGGCCAAGAAGGCUGAAGACGUUGGGGAGAACGACGAGAAUAGCGAUGAAGAGGAUGAGAACGAAGCAUAUGGUCUGGGUCUCAGGGAGAUGGUUCGAAUCUACAAGCAGAAGUCGCGUCCUGGCGAUAUAGAUUCGGAGACUUCCAGGUACGACGUGUUGCCAGUAGUCCUAACCGCGAGGGAUGAAGCGGUUGAAAUGGGCUGGAAAGUGUAG